AUGAACGCCAAAUCACUGGCGACAUUAGCGAAUCAACUGAGACAAGGCGCCUUAUCUGAUCCCUUUUGCCCGGAUGAUUGUGACUGCUCUAAGCAGUACGCCUCGUAUGCUACAUCAUCUUCGCCUCGGAAGCCAAACUUGCGACCUCACCACGCUCAUAUUCCGAGCCCACAAGACGCAGCAAGAAGGCCUGUGGGUUCUAUCGAUCCUCAUUUCACCCCACCAACGAGAGCUAAGCCGGAACUCCCCGAGCAAUCUUGGCAUUUGGUUAGAGAGGGGUCACUUGUGGAAACUGACGACGAUGCGAGGUUGGAGCUUAGCUUCAUCUGUGUUUGCUUUCUUUCGUCGGCUUUACAUCGAGCUUCGGACAUACGACUCAAAACUGUGGUUCCUGGCUAUUUCUCAGGUGGGACUGCGAGCAGGGCUGUCCACCGGAUGCGUGAUUUCGUGCCUCGCGCCUUCAGGUCGGUCGUCCCACUCGAGGAACGGCUUUUCAAAGCCUAG